AACGAGACGCACAAGCUUUCUAGGGCGCCCGUGGCGGUUUGGUUUGGGCCCAACUCAUGUCGCGACAGAAGAAUCAAAAUUCCAAGGGCCAUGGAGUGUCGAAAGGAAAAGAGAGAGAGCAGAGAACGCUAAUCCGCUUCAAGACCACACUCAUGAACACACUCAUGGAUGUUCUGCGCCACAGGCCUGGAUGGGUGGAAGUCAAAGAUGAAGGCGAAUGGGAUUUCUAUUGGUGUGACGUCAGCUGGCUGCGGGAGAACUUUGACCACACCUACAUGGAUGAGCACGUGCGCAUCAGCCACUUCCGGAACCACUACGAGCUUACCAGGAAAAACUACAUGGUAAAGAACCUGAAGCGCUUCCGGAAGCACCUGGAGCGUGAGUCAGGAAAGACGGAGGCAGCCAAGUGUGACUUCUUCCCCAAAACCUUUGAGAUGCCCUGUGAGUACCAUCUGUUUGUGGAGGAGUUUCGCAAGAACCCCGGGAUCACCUGGAUCAUGAAGCCUGUUGCCCGAUCUCAGGGGAAGGGCAUAUUUCUCUUCCGGAGACUGAAAGACAUCAUGGACUGGAGGAAGGGCACUUCGGGGAAGAAACCCACCGGAGUGGAGACGCAGCCUGCUCGUGCCAACAUGAAUCCCUCAGGCAGCCAUGACACAAGGAGUUCUGAUGAUCAGAAAGAUGACCUCCCGGUGGAGAACUACGUGGCUCAGCGUUACGUGGAAAACCCCUACUUAAUAGGAGGCCGCAAGUUUGACCUGCGCGUCUACGUGCUGGUGAUGUCGUACAUCCCUCUGCGGGCAUGGCUGUACCGUGAUGGCUUUGCCAGGUUCUCCAACACUCGAUUCACACUGAAUAGCAUCGAUGACCACUAUGUUCACCUCACCAAUGUUGCUGUGCAGAAGACAUCGCCCGACUACUACCUAAAAAAGGGUUGCAAGUGGAUGCUCCAGCGCUUCAGGCAGUACCUGGCUUCCAAGCAUGGUCCUAAGGCCGUGGAGACACUCUUCAGUGACAUGGACAAUAUCUUCAUCAAGAGCCUGCAGAGCGUGCAGAAGGUGAUCAUCAGUGAUAAGCACUGCUUUGAGCUCUAUGGCUAUGACAUCCUCAUUGACCAGGAUCUCAAGCCGUGGCUCCUAGAAGUCAAUGCCUCUCCUUCCCUGACGGCCAGCAGCCAGGAGGACUAUGAACUCAAGACCUGUCUGCUGGAGGAUACCCUGCAUGUGGUGGACAUGGAGGCCAGGCUCACAGGAAAGGAGAAGAGAGUCGGAGGCUUCGACCUCAUGUGGAAUGAUGGCCCUGUCAGCCGAGAGGAGGGGCCUUCUGACCUAUCAGGGAUGGGGAACUUUGUGACCAACACUCACCUAGGCUGCGACAAUGAUCGGAAGGAGCAGCUGAGGCAGCUGUUCCGAUCCCUUCAAGCGCAGAAGAAAGCCCCUAGCUGACCCCCAGCCAGAAGAAAUGAGGCCCUGGCAGGUGCCGCCCUGGCCUCUGGCAGCGGGAUUCCAGCACAGCGCACCAGUCUUCAUCUUCCUCCAGCGUGGCAGCUGUUUCACUGGACAGGACCAGCUUGUACUUGGACCAGACUCCCUGGACUCCCCACUCCAGCCCUGUGCAUCUUUGAACCAGGAACAGCCAAUCUUUGGAACUGGGUGGGCUUAUCUUUGACAGAUUGGCAACUGGGCCCAAAGAGGCCAAGCAGCAAGUUCCACUGCUCAGAGAGCAUGUCUAAUACCAUGCAUGUCUAAUAAAGCACAGGCUUAGAGCCACUUAGCACUGGGCGUGGCUUGGGAUGCU